AUGGGUCGUUCGGCGUUAUGGCAUGCGCAAACAUCCGGUGCAGCAGAAUGCGCAUCGAUUUUGAUCAAUGCGGGUCUCGAUCCAAAGCACGGUAUCCCGAACGGUUCGGAACUUACCAGUAGUGGUUCGCUGUCAUCGCGUGAAUUUUGUAACCCCAAUGAGAUGUUACUGUCAGCGGAUGCAAAAUUGCGACGCCAAUCGGAUGUGAUUGUUCGAAGGAUAUCACCGGGUCAACAUGGCGGUGCCGCCACACCGUCCUCCAACGGCUUCCACCAACGUGCUUCGGACGCUUUCGAACGUUUACCUGCCAGUGUUAUAUAA